GAGACACCUGUUUGUGGUGGUAUAUCUAAGUGUCGGCGCCCCCCUGCUUAAAGCCAAAGUUUGGAUCUGCAGAGUUUAGGGUCACUGCUAACUUAAUCAGAAGCUUGUGAAUACAAACACAAAAGAAGAGAAAAUAACGAAAAGAAGGGAACUGAACCUUUGAUGUUGCAGUCACCUUCCUCCUGUGCCAUGGGUCCCUUAUUUAGAUUAUGGUGGUUUAUUCCCUUGAUGUUGGCUGUAAAUAUUGAAGCUCAACAGAAAACUUCUUUAAAAAUCAACACAAUUUGUCUGGGGAAUGUCAUGCGUGUGGAUGUUGGCCCACUUGGAGGAAAACUUUUGGAAGUAGCUGUUGCCACUAAUAACUCUGUUGUUGUUCUGACUCCGAGCUUGGCCUCUCAGUGUGGCUUCAGUGUGAAGAAGGAAACACCUGGAAACGCCUUGAUUUAUGUCUCCCUGCCGAACUGUUUUGCUCAAAAUGUGGAUGAUAAAAUAUUCACGACCACACUUCAUCUCCGGGUCCACGGGAACCGCUAUGCUGAAGAUGAGCUAUAUCAGGUGACUGAGGCCUGCCACUACACUGCCUGGGCUUCCAGGGAAAUUGUCUGUAACCACAACUAUAUGGAGGUGUCGGUGAAUAGGGCAUUGCCACAUGACUACACUCUGCCUAAACAUCCCGUCCCACAAUCCAACUCGAAGGCAGUUAAUUCUCGCCGUGCUGCUGAGAAACAGCCCGUUGAUGCAGGAUUUAGGAUGACGACUAUCGUGUUCUUCACACCUGAGGGAGAGAAACCUAUGAGCGUGGCUAAUGCCCAGGAAAGUGGGUAUGGGAUUGGAAAUACUCCUUCAAGACUGGUUCUCCGAAGCCCAAUGAUGGCACCAGAAACGUAUCAUCAGAAUGUUGCAGGAGUAACCAUGAGGGUUUUCAAAACUUCUAUCAUCUUUGAAAAGAAAUGGUUGGCGACUCAAAUCGAUGCAGCUGCUGCUUGCCCUGUUCAAGAAGGUAGCGUGUUCUUUAACUCUGGCAUAAUCACCUGGUAUUUGCCCCGGCAAAUUGACCCAAUGAUUACCUCUGGCCACUACAAUCUAAUGGAGGUGCACUUUGGAAUCAAUGGUCAAAGGCUUGACGGUGCUGAGAUGCAGGCUCGGCAAUACUCAUUAUCCUUAAACGACCUCUACAUUGUCACUCAAAUUCCUAUUGGUGCUGUUGGUGGCUAUUACAAGAGUCAUAUUCAGCACAAUCAGUAUUAUGUUUCCUAUAUGAUUGAGCCAAUGCUUGAAAUGCUCUGGACUGAAGACUCAUCUCAUGAGCACACAAGAUACAAAGUUCUAUUUCACAUUGCAACACAUUUAUUGCCUAGACAUCUCCAACUUGUUGACAAUACAGUUCCAGCAGAGCAAACCUUUAAGAUGGUGCUGGGGCAUUUUGCCCUUGAUGUGGUUCUUCUAAACGUCACAUUCCCCUCGGAAGUAUUGUCCAUGGCUGACUGCAAUGCAAGAGGCUUUCACAUAAUGGAGCACAUGGCUGUUAACGGCAGCAUGAAGGUUUUUGUACUGCAGGUGCCCUUCACAGACCCUGUUGUCUCAAAACAGAAUGGAGAUGGUGUCGUCAUCUACUCUCUUCACAUGACAUUUGGCUUGCUGGUGCUGGAUAGUUUUGUUCCUUUUUCUCACACAGCUCAGGUUGAAGCUGUAUUACAGAACUCAGUCUCACCCUCCGUCUCUGGUGGCUGUGAUCACCACAACUUCCAUAUCAUUGUGAAAUAUGGAACUCAAGGCUUCAGCUUCCAGACCACCGUGGGAAAACGGCUAAUGACGCCCAGUUUAGCUCAGCAUUAUAACUACUUGGAGAAUGGGACGCACUUCAGUUUUACAGUGCCAUUUUCAUCCCCAGAUGUUGCAAUUGAGGCUAUCGAGGAAUCUUCAAUUAGGAACAGGCUUGAUGUAGUUUUGAGCAGUCCAGAAACAAAUGCUCAAAUCCAAGACUUCUCUUUGGUUUGCAACUUUCCCUCAGGACUGACAGUGUGUUUUCCAAAUGGAACAAUGACUGCCCUGGCUGUCAAAGUGGAAUCUGUUCCUACUCUGAAUCCACGUCAGCUCACCCUCAAAGACCCCAGCUGUGGCCCAGUCUACAGCAAUGACCACUAUGCUUACUUUGUCUUUGCUGUAAACUCGUGCGGGACCACAAGAAAGUUUCUGCCUGAUGCCAUGGUGUAUGAAAAUGAAAUCUCACUGCCAGAUGAACUGGAAAUGCAAAUGGCACCAGAGCUCCCAGAGUAUGAGCUACAGGUGUCAUGUUCCUAUGACAUCAGUAAAAGCCAUGCUGUGGCCUUCAACACCAGACAGCGCAGGAGUGAACCAUUUGCUGAGAACUCAAAAGGCCAGCUACAAAUUGAAAUGAGACUUGCUUCAGAUGACUCCUACAGCAAGUUCCAGAAGAUUGAGGAGUAUCCCAUAGCAAAAUAUCUACAGCAGCCCCUGUACUUUGAAGUCCAGUUGAUGAAGUCCACAAACCCUCAAGUUUCACUCCAGCUAGAGAAUUGUUGGGCAACACAGGACAAGGACAGGAAUUCUCAACCCAGAUGGAAUCUGAUCAUUAACAGCUGUCCAAACCCAGUGGACCCAUACCAGGUAGUCUUCCACCCAGUUCAGACUGAUGCCAGAGUUCACUAUCCCUCUCACUUCAAACGCUUUGAGGUCCAGAUGUUUGCCUUUGCAGAGGGCCAAGAUGACUUGAGCAGCCAGGUUUUUGUCCACUGUGAUAUUGUGAUCUGUCACACUAAAAUGCAACUUAGCGGAGUCUGUGGUGUGGAGUGCUCAGACCCCAAAAAUGGGCCCAAAGGUCAAAGACGAGAUGCUCAUGACUCCAGUCAUGUGUAUGUUGGACCACUCAUCAUUAAUAAAUAAACAUUUUUAUAUCACU